AUGGCGCACUGCCCCCCUCUGCAAAACACAAGGGAUGUGCACUUCAGUCUGCGCACCCGUAUCAUUGUGCUUCGUGGUUUUGGGAAUGGCUUUAAGCAAGGCAUCUUCUCUGCAGCUGCCAUUUGGGUGGCGCCUGCAAUUGCUUACAGGCUUUGCAUUGCCCAGCAUCAAGUGCCGAUCUCGAGGUGGGGGGUGCGUUCCAGCACCGCACUUCUAUGCCGUGCGUUUCUUUGGUCUGCGCAAGCGCUGGGCACAAGGGGCGCGAUGCAUCCCGCUGUUGUCCACAGCCGUAGGGUGAGACACCUGCUGGUUGGCUAA